AGGACAAGUUACAUCCAAGAAAUCUUAUCCCGGAGCUUUGUAGGCUGUUUUAUGGUUUAGGCUGGGUCACAGGAACUGGUGGAGGAAUCAGCUUGAAACAUGGGAGUCCAAAAGGAAAGAAUACAGCCGGAGGAUAUGUUUGUUUGUGACAUGAACGAACAGGACAUCAGUGGUCCUCCACCACACAAGAAACUAAAGAAAAGCCAGUGCACACCUCUUUUUAUGAACGCCUACACUAUGAGAGGGGCAGGCGCAGUGAUCCAUACUCAUUCCAAGGCUGCUGUUAUGGCUACCCUUCUUUACCCAGGGAGUGAGUUCAGUAUUACCCAUCAGGAGAUGAUAAAAGGAAUCCAGAAGUGUACUUCAGGAGGCUAUUACCGAUAUGAUGAUACACUAGUGGUUCCCAUUAUUGAGAAUACACCAGAAGAGAAGGAUCUCAAGGAAAGAAUGGCACGUGCAUUGGAAAAAUACCCAGACUCUUGUGCUGUAUUGGUCAGACGUCAUGGAGUUUACGUAUGGGGAGAAACAUGGGAAAAAGCCAAAACUAUGUGUGAGUGUUACGAUUACUUGUUUGAUAUCGCAGUGCAGAUGAAGCAGCAUGGGCUAGAUCCUUCAAAACAUCCAGCAGGAGAAAACGGGAUCUUGUAAAUGACAACAACUUUUAUAUUCAGGUGUUUCUUACAUGAUGAUGGGAGUUCAAGAUUCCACCUCAUACUGUUAAAACCAGAAGAGGGUGCUGUUAUACUCGGCUGAUUGACGGAUGUUAACAGUCAGCUUUGACUGUUAAACACAUCCAAGAGAAAAGGACAGUUAAAA